CAGCGGCGGCGCAACUGGGGACGGGGCGGGUGGCGCAUCACGGGCGCGGAGGCAGGAGGAGCAGUCUCAUUGUUCCGGGAGCUGUCGCCACUGCAGGUUCCUUAGCUCGGUCGGCCCGGCCCCUCUCCGUGCUCCCCAACCCCCCGCACAACCGCCCGCGGCUCUGAGCAGCAGCGGCCCUGCGGCGGCAGCAGCUGCAGCAUCAUCUCCGGCCCGCCAGCCAUGGAAGACCUGGACCAGUCGCCUCUGGUCUCCUCGUCCGCGGACAGCCCGCCCCGGCCUCAGCCCGCCUUCCAGUACCAGUUCGUGAGGGAGCCCCAGGACGAGGAGGAAGAGGAGGACGAGGAGGAAGAGGAGGACGAGGACGAAGACCUGGAGGAGCUGGAGGUGCUGGAGAGGAAGCCGGCCGCCGGGCUGACUGCGGCUCCGGUGCCCCCCACCCCCGCUGCACCCCUGCUGGACUUGGGAGCUGACUCGGUGCCCCCGGCACCCCGAGGGCCCCUGCCGGCCGCGCCCCCCGCCGCCCCGGAGCGGCAGUCGUCCUGGGAUCGGAGCCCCGCGCCAUCGACGGCGCCCGCGCCAUCUCUCCCGUCCGCUGCCGCAGUGCUGCCCUCCAAGCUCCCCGAGGACGACGAGCCCCCGGCGCGGCCUCCCCCGCCGCCGCCCGCCGGCGUGAGCCCUCAGGCCGAGCCCGUGUGGACCCCGCCGGCGCCCGCGCCCGCCGCGCCCCCCUCCACCCCGGCCGCGCCCAAGCGCAGGGGCUCCUCGGGCUCCGUGGAUGAGACCCUUUUUGCUCUUCCUGCUGCAUCUGAGCCUGUGAUACACUCCUCCGCAGAAAUAACUAUGGACUUGAAGGAGCAGCCAGGUAACACUGUUUCAGCUGGUCAAGAGGAUUUCCCAUCUGUCCUACUUGAAACUGCUGCUUCUCUUCCUUCUCUGUCUCCUCUCUCAGCUGCUUCUCUUAAAGAACAUGAAUACCUUGGCAGUUUACCAGUGGUAUCACCCACAGAAGGAACAGUUCAAGAAACUUUAAAUGAAGCUUCUAAAGAGUUCUCAAAUGCAAAAAAUCCAUUUGUAGAUAGAGAUUUCACAGAAUUUUCAGAAUUAGAAUACUCAGAAAUGGGAUCAAAAGCAGAAUCUGCCAAACUAGUAGAAAAACCUAGGGAAGAAAUAAUUAUGAAGAGUAAAGAUGAAGAAAACUUAGUUAGUAACACCGUCCUUCAUAAUCAACAAGAAUCACCUAUAGCCCUUACUAAACUGGUUAAAGAAGACAAAGUUGUAUCUCCAAUAAAAACAAAGGAUAGUUUUAAUGAAAUGGGAGUUGCAGUAGAAGCCCCAAUGAGGGAAGAAUAUGCAGACUUCAAACCAUUUGAGCGAGUAAAGGAAGUGAAAGAUACUUAUAAGGGAGAUGGUGAUGUGUUGGCUGCUAGAGGUAAUAUAGAAAGCAAAUCGGAAAGUAAAGUGGAUAAGAAAUGUUUUGCAGAGAGCCUUGUACAAACAAAUCCUGAAAAAGAUAGUGAAAGCAGUACUGAUGAUGCUUCCUUUCCAAGUACACCAGAAGCUGUAAAAGAUGGUUCAAGAGCAUAUAUUACAUGUGCUCCUUUCAACCCAGCAACAACUGAGAGUGUUGCAACCAACAUUUUUCCUUUGUUAGAAGAUCAUACUUCAGAAAAUAAGACUGAUGAAAAAAAAAUAGAAGAAAAGAAGGCCCUAAUUGUAACAGAGAAGAAGACCAGCAUCAAAACAUCAAAUCCUUUCCUUGUAGCCACACAGGAUUAUGAGACAGAUUAUGUCACAACAGAUAAUUUGUCAAAGGUGACCGAGGCAGUAGUAGCAAAUAUGCCUGAAGGUCUAACCCCAGAUUUAGUACAGGAAGCAUGUGAAAGUGAAUUGAAUGAAGCUACAGGCACAAAAAUUGUUUAUGAAACAAAAAUGGACUUGGUCCAAACAUCAGAAACUGUGCAGGAGUCACUCCACCCUGUAGCACAGCUUUGCCCAUCAUUUGAAGAAUCUGAAGCAACUCCUUCACCAGUUUUGCCUGACAUUGUUAUGGAAGCACCAUUAAGUUCUCUGCUUCCUAGUGCUGCUGCUUCUGUAGUGCAGCCCAGUUCACCAUUAGAAGCUCCUCCUUCAGUUAAUUAUGACAGUAUGAAGCUUGAAUCUGAAAAUCCCCCACCAUAUGAAGAGGCCAUGAAUGUAAAAAAAGUUUCAGGAAUAAAGGAAGAAAUUAAACAGUCUGAAACUAUUAAUGCAGCUGUUCAGGAAGCAGAUGCCCCUUAUAUAUCUAUUGCAUGUGACUUAAUUAAAGAAACAAAGCCCUCUACUGAACCAAGUCCAGGUUUCUCUAAUUAUUCAGAAAUAGCAAAUGUUGAAAAGCCAAUGUCUGAUCAUUCUGAGUUAGUUGAGGAUUCCUCACCUGAUUCUGAACCAGUUGACUUAUUUAGUGAUGAUUCGAUUCCUGAAGUCCCACAAACACAAGAGGAAGCUGUGAUGCUCAUGAAAGAAAAUCUCAUUGAAGUGUCAUCAGAAUCAGUAAUAGAACACAAAAAUAAGGAAAAACUCAGUGCUUUACUUCCUGAAGGAGGGAAGCCAUAUUUGGAGUCUUUUCAGCCCCAUUUAUAUACCACAAAAGAUGUCCUAUCACCUGGUGAAGUUUCAACAUUGACCAAAAAGGAGAAAAUUCCUUUGCAGAUGGAGGAGCUCAAUACUGCAGUUUAUUCAAAUGAUGACUUACUUAUUUCUAAGGGCAAAAAUAGAGAAAGUGAAACAUUUUCAGAUUCAUCUCCAAUUGAGAUUAUAGAUGAAUUCCCUACCUUUGUCAGUUCUAAAACUGAUUCUUCCCCUAAAUUAGCCAGGGAAUACACUGACCUAGAAGUAUCUCCCAAGAGUGAAGUUGCUUAUGUCCAGGAUGGAGCUAGGUCAAUGCCUUGUUCAGAAUUGUCCCGUGACCUUUCUUUCAAGAACAUACACCCUAAAGAUGAAGAUAAAAUCCAUGUUUCAGAUGAAUUCUCCAAAGAUGGGUCCGAAAUAUCAAAGGCACCCUUGCUGCCUCCAGAUGUGUCUGCUUUGGCAACUCAAACAGAGAUAGGCAGCAUAGUUAAACCCAAAGUUCUUAAGAAAGAAGCUGAGAAAAAACUACCUUCAGAAAAAGAGGACAGAUCACCAUCUGCUAUAUUUUCAGCAGAGCUGAGUAAAACUUCAGUUGUUGACCUCCUCUACUGGAGAGACAUUAAGAAGACUGGAGUGGUGUUUGGUGCCAGUUUAUUCCUGCUGCUUUCACUGACAGUAUUCAGCAUUGUGAGUGUAACAGCCUACAUUGCCUUGGCCCUGCUCUCUGUGACUAUCAGCUUUAGGAUAUAUAAGGGUGUGAUCCAGGCUAUCCAGAAAUCAGAUGAAGGCCACCCAUUCAGGGCUUAUUUGGAAUCUGAAGUUGCUAUAUCUGAGGAAUUGGUUCAGAAAUACAGUAAUUCUGCUCUUGGUCAUGUGAACUGCACAAUAAAAGAACUCAGGCGCCUCUUUUUAGUUGAUGAUUUAGUUGAUUCUCUGAAGUUUGCAGUGUUGAUGUGGGUGUUUACCUAUGUUGGUGCCUUGUUCAAUGGUCUGACACUACUGAUUUUGGCUCUGAUUUCACUCUUCAGUGUUCCUGUUAUUUAUGAACGUCAUCAGGCACAGAUAGAUCAUUACCUAGGACUUGCAAAUAAGAAUGUUAGAGAUGCUAUGGCCAAAAUCCAAGCAAAAAUCCCUGGAUUGAAGCGCAAAGCUGAAUGAAAAAGCCCCAGUUAACAGUAGGAGUUCAUCUUUCAGAGGUCCUCAUUUGAUUACAUGGGGGAGGGUCAGGGAGGAAUGGAGCCUUGACAUUGCAGUGCAGUUUCACAGAUCUUUAUUUUCAGCAAUGCACUGCUUGAGGAAAAAUUACCUGUAUUGACUGCCAUGUGUUCAUCAUCUUAAGUAUUGUAAGCUGCUAUGUAUGGAUUUAAGUUGUAAUCAUAUUUGUUUCUCCUGUAUGAGGCACUGGUGAAUAAAAAGUGAUCUGAGACAGCUGUAUAUUACAUUUUGUUGCAGGUAGUCUUGCUGUAUUUUGGGACGUUGCAGAGAAGGUGGAGCUGGAAAAAAAAAACAUCCCUUUUCACAGUUUGUGCACUGUGUAUGGUCUGUGUAGGUUAAUGCAGAUUUUCUGAAAUGUUUAGACGAGAUCAUACCAUUAAAGCAGGAAUGAAAAGCUUGCAUUUCUGGUAUGUUCUAGGUGUAUUGUGAAUUUUACUGUUAUAUGAAUUGCCAAUAUAAGUAAAUAUAGAUUAUAUAUAUAAAUAUAUAGUGUUUCACCAAGCUUAGACCUUUACCUUCCAGCUGCCCUACAGUGCUUGACAUUUCAGCCAUUGGUUAUACAUGUGUAGUUCCAAAGUUCAUAGGCUAGAAAAAGAAAAUCUAUUUCUAGGAGCACUACCAUCUGUUUUCAGUAUGAAGCAAUGCCAUGCACAUAGAAAUCCUUCAUUGCAAAGACUUACAAGUAGUUAAUUUUGUCACAAACUCUGAAUCUAUGGACUGAAUAUAAUGCUUCCAAAAAUGUUGUUUGCAAAUAUCAAACAUUGUUAUGCAAGAAAUCAUAAAACAAAGACUUAUACCAUUGUGGUUUAAGCUGUACUGAACUAAAUCUGUGGAAUGCAUUGUGAACUGUAAAAGCAAGUAUCAAUAAAGCUUAUAGACUUAAAAA